AUGCUGAUCCAUUCUCGUACCCGCAAGGACGGUUUCUACAGCGGCGUGGAUCAUCGAGCCGCCGCCUCACAAGACCCUCGCCCUCCUGCGGCGUCCGUCCUCUGGCUGCCCUUCCAUCUGUGCGCCUCCUGCCGCAGCAGUCCACGGCUUCCCUACACCUCCUCCUACCGUCAUCUCCUCCUGACGCGGAUCGUGGAGCCGCCGCCUCACCAGCCCUUCCUGCGACGGCCGUCCUCGCCGCCCCUCCGACCGUGGGCAGUCCAUACUGCUUCCCUGCACCAGCCCAGAGGAGCCCUUCUCUACUCGUACUGCAGUGGCCUCCCCAUCGUUGUCCACCUGUGCCCUUUGGGUAGAAUAGUCCGUGAUUCUAACAUUACUCCAAUUAGAGUGAAGAAAUGGACUGAUAUAAGUCCAGCAGCUCAAAAACAUAUUUUUGAUGCAAUUAAGGACAAGUUUGAAAAUGCAAAUCCGGAUAUUGAAAUUGAUGUAUACAAAGCUGAGAUCAUGGAGCACACUAGAGAUCUAUGGAAUAAUUGGCGUGGAGACUUGAAUCGGCAAUUUGUUAAGCCAGCAAGGAAUAUGCAGCAAGCUAUUAAGAAUUGCCCUAAAGGGAUUAAACAACCUGAUUGGGAGUGGCUUGUCAAGGAACAUUUCUACAGCAAGGAUUUCAUAGAUAGGAGCAAGAGAAACUCCAAAAAUAGAUCCAACUUGAAAAUUCUUCAUCACAGUGGUAGCAAACCAUACAGACAGAUCAUAUGGGACAAUGGUGGCAAGGAAAACAAUCCUCCGACUUUGGAUAAAUUAUUUUCUCUCACUCAUAUGAAGGAUGGCACCUUUGUGGAUUCUGAAACCUCUACCAAGCACGCAGAGAUUGAGGUGGAAAGGCUAUUGAACCCUACCCUUUCUAACGUGGAACUUAUGGACAAGUGCUUUGAAUCUAAUAGGCGUGACCAUGUUGUUGGUUAUGGUGGUGGAAUAAGAGCAAGAGACAUACGGAGUCCGACUGUUACCAAAGCUGAACUAAUAGAAAAACUUACACAGUCUGAACAGGAAAAGAAAGAACUUCAAGAAGAUAAUCAAACACUUCACGAGGAAAAUCGGAUGAUUACUAGUCGUGUUAGCCGAAUGGAAGAAGAAUGGGCAGAAUUAAAGAGCACUAUGAGUGCUAGUUUAACUCGUGGAUAAAGAGUGAUUAUUUGGAGCAAGAUGAAGAGCAUCGUUUCUAGCAUGAUCUCACAGUUGUUCAUCAGAAGGCAUUUGAUGGGUGGAUCCCUUCAAGCAUAGCUUAGUACUACCUUAUGUUAGCCACUAUUAGUUUCAUGAUUUCAAUUGUGUUUUCUCCUUGGUCACAUGAACUAUCCAGGACCAUUGUGAAGUUGAAUUUGUGAAAUGUUGAAAAUUAAUUCAUUUAUUGCCUAUUGUGUGA